CCAGCUGCGACUUGAACGACUGAGCACAAUCAGCAGUCACAGUUGCAGCCAGAGUCGCAGCCACAGCCUCAGAGUGAGACUGAGACUCAGAUUACAACCCCGAACCUGAACCCAAAAAAGUAACGACAUUGUCAGUUAAGCAGAGCUGGAGAACAGGCGAUCGAACGACUAAACAUAUUUGCCUGCCAAAGUGGAAGCAACCGAAGUGGCAGUGACCGUGGAAGUGGGAGUGGAAGGGGAAGUGGAAGUGGCGGUGGCGCCACUCAGUCCAUAAGUCCAUCAGUCUGAGAGCCAGACAUGCCGUCGCCAGUGCAGCACACAUUCUGCUUCUCCUCUUUAGGAUUUAUCGCUUGCUCAGCAAUCGUUCUGCUUUGUAGUUCCGAAGUUCUAUCGAGUUGGGAGGAAUGGUGGACAUACGAUGGUAUAUCCGGACCAAGUUUCUGGGGCCUUAUCAAUCCACAAUGGAACAUGUGCAACAAAGGAAGACGUCAGUCGCCCAUCGAUGUGGUGCCCGAUAAAUUGCUUUUCGAUCCCUACCUCCGCCCACUGCACAUUGAUAAGCACAAGGUUUCCGGCACACUACACAAUACAGGUCAAUCACUCGUCUUCCGCGUCGACAAGGACACAAAGCAGCAUGUGAACAUUUCCGGGGGCCCGCUGGCCUAUCGCUAUCAAUUCGAAGAAAUUUAUAUACACUAUGGCACUGAGAACAGUCGCGGCUCGGAGCAUUACAUACAGGGCUAUAGUUUUCCGGGUGAGAUACAAAUCUACGGCUUCAACAAGGAACUAUAUCACAACAUGUCCGAGGCGCAGCACAAAUCCCAGGGCAUUGUGGGGCUGUCCUUGAUGGUGCAAAUUGGAGAAACGCCCAAUCCAGAGCUGCGCAUCAUAACGAGCACAUUCAAUAAGGUGCUUUAUAGAGGCUUCUCCACGCCCAUUCGCCAUAUAUCGGUGCGUUCGCUGCUGCCAAAUUCGGAUCACUACAUCACCUAUGAAGGCUCCACAACGCAUCCCGGCUGUUGGGAGAGCACCGUCUGGAUAAUAGUUAAUAAACCCAUCUAUAUCACUAAGCAAGAGUUAUAUCAACUCCGACGACUGAUGCAAGGCUCCGAGAGUACACCUAAAGCUCCACUAGGAAAUAAUGCGCGACCCGUGCAAAGUUUACAUCAUAGAACAGUAAGAACGAAUAUAGAUUUUAAGCGUAAUAAGAAUCAAAAUGCAUGUCCUUCAAUGUACAAGGAUAUGUAUUAUCGGGCGAAUCGCUGGUCACCCGACACGGGACUUUUGAUACGUUGACAAUGCCAGGCAAAUGACAGGACAGGCAGUAGUGGAGGCAAUAACAGCAACAGCAACAACAACAACAACGGCGGCAGCAACAACAUCAGCAAAUUAUAUAUAACAAAAUUAAAAACGGACAGUGUUACAGCAAUAACACCAAUUACGACUAUAAUGACAACAACAAAAACAGCAAAAACAACAACAACAACCAUAGCAACGGCAAUAACAGCGCCAGAGAAGGUGUCCUGCAAAAUGCUGGCCAGGGCCAACAACAACAAUAACAACAGCAAUAACGCAUUUCACGAUUUUUAUUACACUUUAAAGUUUUAUAUUAAUGUUUAUAACACGAGCUCAGGAUUCGUUUGGCUUGCAAUAUUCCUACAACAAAAGCGCCAGCAACAAAAAUGGCAUUUUUUGUUGCAUUAUUGAUAAAAAGGUAACAAUGUUAAAAACAACAAAUGCUUGCAACAAACAAACAAACAAACAAACACACACACAAACAACACUCAACGCAAUAACAAUGAAUUAUGAAUACAGACACACACACACACAUACACACACACACGCUCUCAUUAUGUUACAAACAAUUAGAUCAAUGAGAAAUAUAACUAAAA